AUGGCUCUCAGAAACCAUUCAGCAGUGACUGUUGACUCUACAGACUCUGAUCAGAACCGUCUAUUACCAGAACACAGUCCUACGUCUCACUCAUCUGACAAUGCAUGGUCAUCUGUAAGGAGAGUGAUCUUGGUUCAUGGUGUGCCCCAGCGAAUCCUCCUGUCCCUGGUACCGCCACUAGUUUAUCCACAGUACCAGCAAGUGUACUCUGACCUCAGAGGACCUUUGCUUGUGGUAACCACUCUUGCCACCAUUAUUCUGUAUGGCUUACAUAAUCCAGAACAGGCACUGGCUUGGGAGCUGUUGACCACAACAAAACUAAGUCUGGGUUAUUGGCUGGGAUUUUCAUUGCUGGCAUUCUUGUUGGGGCAUUGUUUUGGGACCACCUUGACCCUGCCCCAGCUUGCCUCAUUGGCUGGUUACAGCUUGACAGGCCAUUGCCUGGUUCUCCUUGGAGCAGAGUUGCUGCACCAGGAGGAGAACCACACAGUGUUCUUCCUGCUGACCACUCUGUUUGGAGGCCUUGCCACUGGCCGCCUGGUAUUGUUGGUUCUGGCCCGCACACCAAAGCCCCCACACAGGUUACUGAUGGGCUCCUCUCUUGCUUCCAUACAUCUCAUGCAUCUCAUAUACAUCCAUUUUGCUUGCAUGAGGAAGUUUAAUGUGUGAAAAGUGAAGAUGUAGUAUGGAAUGCUGCAAGAUAACAUCUUUAGCUGCCCAACUCAUUCCUAGUUACUAUAAUUUCAAAGUUCAAAAUGAGAUCCUUGUAUUUUAAGAAUGUCAUUUGCUAUCCCAUCUUUUAUUUUAUUAUAAAAUUUUUAACGGCUUGAUUUGUUAAUGUAUUUCAUUAGAAUUGCAAUGCUGCUGAUCAAAGCUUGUUGUAAAUAUGUAACUGAUCAUUAAAAAAGAAAACCACAAAUAUUAUGCUCCUUACCAGUAUUUGUUACAUUAUGCUUUUACUCAUUCCAUACCAUACACACAAAUUGCCUUUUUUCAUCAUAAGAUAUCUUACUUGCAUUGUGCCAUGCCAAAAGAUCAGUCUAGUUUUGGUAUUAAAGAAUAUCAUGUACACAUGGCUUGAUCUUACAGAAUUACAUACAUCACUAAAAACCAGUCAGACUCGCCUGAUCUGGUGUAAGUUUGUAUCAGCAAGUUUAUUUAAAAGAUAAUGUAAUAGAGGAUGAAUAGAAGUAAAAGUGAACUUUUACCACCCUAAGGUUUUUAUGGUGUUCCAAAGAUCAGGUAUUGAACUAAAAAUGAGAAGGAAAGUUUCUAAUAUCCUCCUUAUGAAAGAUCUAGAAAUAUGGAAUAUUGUGUUGUGGUGUACAAAAUGUAAAAUUCUUAUUUUAUUAUUCUUCUGACCAACACACAACUAUGAAAGAUUCAGUUGUGCAUUGUACCUUGAUGUGAGAUACCCAAUUAAGCAGCAGAAGUGACCCUUACAGUGUAGUCACUGGGAGAUCAAUCCCAUUUCCCCAAGAUGCCUGAAAGCCAAUAUGUGAGGGAAUGCUUGUGUAUGUGAUUGUGAGUAUGAAUGUGGACAUGCGGACAUGUGGAUCUGCACGUAAAUGCCUGGUUUUGACUACCCUUCUUUGUAAGGGAUGUUGACCUGGUACUUAGAUAGACUUUUGUAUUGACUUAGAUAUUGAUAUGCAAGCAAGUAAAAUGAUGUUUUAUGUUCAUAAUGGAAUAGAUUUGGUCAAAAAACAGUACAGUAGUGUGUAUCUUACACUUCUUCAAAUUAUGGGACAAAUUUAGAGAAAAUAUAAAUUGAUGCUCCAUUAUGAAAAAUUAAAAUAGGAAUCUUUUUUUGUUUAAGAUAUAUCAGAAUGGCAUUUUACAUUUUAAUUAAGGAUUGCAACUUUGCAAUGGCACUACUGUUAAGUGUAAAAUGUAUCUUUGAAGAAAAUGCAUUGAUAUUUAGACUACUUGUUUGUGUUUAAUAAAUGGAGGAUUUUAGGAAUGACAAAAUCAUUAUAGACAGGAAGAAUUUACUGCAUUAGCUGUAAAGCUUCAAACACAAGAUUCUCAUGCCUUAGUUCUUGGUAGGUGUAAACAGUAAGAAUGCCUUGUAUGGUAAUCUUAUUUCAUGUAUUGUGUGAUCCUUUGGGAAAAUAUAAGUUUGUCUUUAA